UCUUCCAGAGCACAUUUUUUCUUCCCUGAGGGAAGAAAAAAGAACCUACAUACAUCGAACUGGGCGUGUAAAAUGGGGAGCUAAAACCGUUGGUCGAGAAAGCAGUACUCAAACAGACGAGGUGACAGAGAAGAACGAUUUACUGCAAGCGGAAGAACGUUUGUGUGACACUGAUGUGACUGAUAACACCCAAAAAACAGAGAAGUCACUGCAGUCACUGUAUCCCCAUGUAAAGAAGUCUCUUCUGCAAGUGUUUGAGUGUGCGUAUGUCCAGCUGAUCCUCCCCUGGUACACAUUCCCAGAGCCUUGCGACAGUCAGCCACUCCACCAGGUGCUGUGGAGGGAGUUUGACUGUGUCUUCGACCAGAUCAUUGACAAAGCCAAAGACUUUGACGUCUGUGCUGCAAGUGUGGGUUGCGUUCGCAUUCUGACCCAGCAUUUGCGUAAUUCCAAACAGUCUGUCAGAGAGCCAUUGUUUAGCUCCAGAGCAGAAGAAGUAGCAGUUCUCAGAGGGUUUGCUGAAACGCUGGUGCAAAAUCUGUUUCCUGAAUCUUUAUGGGGACUAGAUAUAAACCGCUGUGUUUUAAAUGAAACAACGACCUUUAAGGUGUUGGAAUCACUGGUGAUCUGGCUCUCUGAUCCUGACAACCUCAACCAGCUGGUUGUGAGUCAGUUGGACAACGUGUCUCCCAAGAACUCAGAGGAAGAUCUGUGUGAGUCGGACUCUGACCGGGCCUCUCCAGCCUGUCAGGAGAGCGAGGACAGCACCGGUGUAAAGGAUGGGACCGAGGACUCUCAGGCUAUUAACAGCAAGUCCAAAAAGAAAGCCAACAAGUUAAAGGAAGGCUGGUCUAAAUUUCUUGACAAGAUGAAGACUAAGAAAGACAAGAAGGCGAAGAUUAAAGAAUUGGAGAGGGCUAUGAUGAUUAGGGCCAUAGCCGCCCAAAGUGGUCUGACCAAUGAAGACGAAGCGAGUAGCAGAGAAGGGUCCAUUCACAGCCAACAGAACUUUGACAGUGAGGAUAGUGAUCUAGAAAACUACUUGGUCAUCGUCCAGGAGGACAUGAUGGAGUUCAAGUUGUCGUAUGAGAUGUGGCGGGUCGGGCACUGGGCGGUCAGUGUUCCUCUCGUGAGGAGGGAUGACGAGGAGCUGUGCUUUACCAUUCACUUGGAGGAGAGAGACAAUCCAGAGAACCUUCAGUGGGAUGUCAUAAAGACCCGUACAGAUGUCAUCUACUUCCUCAAUAGAUGGCAGGACCCUGCUAAUGUACCCUGUCUGGCUAUCCUGGGGGAGGAGGGCCCUGAGAAGACGGGUGGUGAAGAGAUAGUCGAGAAAGCCAGGACUUCUCUGGAACUGUUCUUGCAGGGGAUGAUCUCUGAUGAUGUGAUUGGCCACAGUCAGCCAGUGUUCCAAUUCCUCUGCCCGCUGGACAAACUGCUCAAUGAAGAAGAGCAUAAUGGGGGGGUUUGGGGUCUCCUCAGUGGCCUGGCCUACUUCCUGACUCCAGGAAAAGAGGAAGAUGAGCAAAACAAUCCCAGAGUGGAAGCCAGGCAGGAUGAUCUCCCUCCAGAGUCAGAAACUCAACACUCUUCUCCUGAAGCUGAGAAGGAUGUCUGUAGUGAGGAGACUGAUGCAUCUCUCCCAACUAUCAUCAUCUCUGAAUGUAUCGUUCCUUCAGAAUCUUCUGAGGGCAAGAGGGAAGAGGAGAGUAAACCUCCAGUGAAAUCAUGCUCGAUGACUAAUAUUGCAACCUCCUCACAAGACAAAAUGGACAAUCCUGAAAACUUGGUAGGCAAGAAAUAUUUUUGUAAAAGUCUAUCCAGGUCGGAGGAGUCUUUGGUAUUCAAUGAAGCAGCUCAUCGGGAAUACAAGAUUGAUCCUGACUAUAAGACAAAUUCCAGUAUUAAUGGAGGCUCACUGUGGGACAUUCCUGACCAUACUUUGUGGCGUAGUUUUUGUGCAAAGUCGAAUAAAACGAAAGAAAAAAUGUCACCCAGUAUUUGUGGGGGGAUCGCCAGGAUUAAAGGAAGAGUCCAAGGGACUCUUGCCAAGGGAGACGCUUCACCGUCUUUAAAAAAGGACCAAACUAGCUGGGAGCAACUAGAAGCCACAAAAGCUAUAUCUGAUUUAUUGAAAGAGAUAUCUGGUAAUUCCAUCAUCAUAAACAUAUUUGAUGCAAUUCUGAAACCGGUAAUGCCAAUAUUAAAAAGGAAAGUGAACAGCUUCCUGAAGAAGAUGAACCCUACAGAAGCCCACAUGGCCUCCUACAUUGACAGCCUGUGUGAGAAGUGGUCCCAGACCUCUCUAGCGCCCCCGAAACCCUCCAGGCCCCCUCGCAGCUCUGAGGACAAGAAGGAGACCAGAGACAGAGCUCACCUUCUCAUCAGUGCCAGAUAUUCAAACUAUUUAAUCCUGAAGAAGUCAGACAUGGAGACUGUCUUUAAACUCUUUCAGGAUUGUGAAGAAAACAAGAAGCUGGUUUAUAUGCUUCUUUCAUUCCUGUUGGGAGAGCUUCUUCCUGGUGAAGAUUCCUUAAAUAUUAGUGCCAUGGCAUUGUAGAAAGUGAAUGUCAACCACCUGCAUUGAUUACAUUAAAUGUUAGCAAGGCUAUGUUUUCUCAGGGUAAUCAUGGUUUUAGAUAAACUGUCAUUUUAUAAAAUCUGAAUUGUAUUGCAUUUGUAGGGGAGAAAUUAUUGGGAGUAUGUUAGUAUUGAAUCUUAUUGCAUAAAAAAAAAAAUCACCUUAGGUACCUAAAUAUGUUCUGGGACACAAUCUUGUGGUUAAAAAGUGGCAUACCAGCCAGACUCUGUUGAAACUUUCAUCUCUAUUGUGUUACUGUUAGGAAGUGACAGGACUUUUUCCAUGUAUGGUUUGAGUUUCAAAUCUCUUAUGGACAACGUUAAAGCACUGUAAUUAAAAUGAUCAUGGUUAUGAGCACUUUUCAUGUAAGGGGGGGAAGUAUCUCUUUUUCUGGACUUGUUUGUAGUCUUAAAGAGAUCUGGAUUAGAACUCCAUGCCUCUUUAUAUCCAAGGAACUGGUGAAGGUUUGUUAUAUGAAUGAUUUCACAAAUUCCUUGUAUAUUCCUAUGAAAUUAUUAAUAAAGCUUUUAUAUUAGUUUCA